CACUUCCCUCACAAAAUUCAAACAACUCUAAUUUAAACACAGCUUCAACUUCAAAAGAUACAUUUUCAUAGUCAAACAACUAUUUAAUAUAAAAUUUUACAAAGAAAAAUAUAGUACAAUUUUUUAACCUAAAAAUAUGUAAAUUGAUCAAAAUAUCAUUUUAAUCCAUUAAUAUCAAACCCAUCACUUCAAAAAUUACAAUUAAAAACAUUAACAUCCAGCAAAAUUCUAUAAAUAGAAUUUAAAUAAAAUAAAAAAUAUAUAAACAUUAUCAAAACUUUUUUAAAUACUCACUCAAAUGCAACAAAUCUAGAUAGAAGCUUAGAAAGAACUGCUAAUAAUAAAGCUAAAAGAUAGAUAAUGUAAGAAAUUGCAAAUCAGCAAAACAGUAGAUCCAUCCAAAUUCAUAAUAAUUUCUCACCAAAAAAAUUCACUUUUUGGUAUCAUCAAAAACUAUUUUUCAAGAACCAUAUUUGUGUAAUCAUGAGCUAAUAAGAAGUGAUCAAGAAAAAGUAGAAUUUUUUCAAUUGAAUGGAUUUUCAUAGAAUUUUGAUCUUUGGAGUUGUAGUUCUGUUACUGAAGUUUCCAGUUAAAGUUACAGCUGGUGAUAUUGUUCAUGAUGAUAACUUAGCUCCAAAGAAACCUGGUUGCGAGAACGAUUUUGUGCUGGUGAAAGUUCAAACUUGGGUUGAUGGUAAAGAGGAUGCAGAAUUUGUUGGUGUUGGUGCUAGAUUUGGCACUACUAUUGUGUCAAAGGAGAAAAAUGCACAACAAACUCCGCUUACUCUUUCUGACCCUCGGGAUUGUUGCAAGCCUCCAAGGAAUAAGCUCGCUGGAGAGGUCAUCAUGGUAGAUCGAGGCCAUUGCAAAUUCACAACGAAGGCUAAUAAUGCUGAAGCGGCAGGGGCUUCGGCAAUCCUGAUAGUAAAUAAUCAAAAAGAACUAUACAAGAUGGUUUGUGAUCCUGGAGAGACAGACCUAGAUAUACACAUACCUGCUGUUAUGCUACCUCAGGAUGCUGGGACAACGCUUGAUAAAAUGCUUUUAAAUGGCUCAUCAGUUACCGUGCAACUCUAUUCUCCAAAACGACCUGUAGUAGACAUUGCAGAAGUAUUUUUGUGGCUGAUGGCUGUUGGUACAAUCUUGUGUGGUUCUUAUUGGUCUGCUUGGAGUGCUAGAGAAGCAGCUAUAGAGCAGGACAAGUUAUUGAAGGAUGCUUCAGAGGAAGAGCUUCCAUAUAUUGGAACUGGUGAUUCAAGCACUGUGAUGGAUAUAAACAUGAUAUCGGCGGUCUUAUUUGUUGUUGUUGCUUCCUUCUUCUUGGUUGUAUUGUAUAAGUUGAUGAGGUUCACGUGGUUCUUUGAAAUCUUGGUUGUUCUCUUUUGCAUCGGUGGUGUAGAGGGGCUACAAACUUGCUUAGUUGCCUUGCUGGCAAGGUGGUUUAAGCGUACCGGAGAGUCAUUCAUUAAAGUACCCAUUUUCGGUGCAGUCUCUUAUCUUACUUUGGCUGUUUCGCCGUUCUGCAUAACUUUUGCGGUGGUUUGGGCAGUGUACAGAAAUUCUUCUCCUUUUGGCUGGAUUGGUCAAGACAUACUUGGCAUCGCACUAAUAAUUACAGUUCUGCAAAUUGUACGGAUACCUAAUCUCAAGGUCGGUUCAGUUCUUUUGGGUUGUGCCUUCAUCUACGACAUAUUUUGGGUAUUUGCUUCUAAGAGUCUCUUCCAUGAAAGUGUGAUGAUUGUGGUAGCUCGUGGUGACAAAAGCGGCGAGGAUGGCAUUCCGAUGUUGCUGAAGAUUCCUCGACUAUUUGAUCCAUGGGGUGGUUACAGCAUUAUUGGCUUUGGUGACAUCCUAUUGCCUGGCCUGCUAGUAGCAUUUUCACUUAGGUAUGAUUGGCUUGCAAAGAAGAAUCUUCGAGCUGGUUACUUCUUGUGGGCAAUGAUUGCAUACGGAUCAGGUCUUCUUAUUACAUAUGUAGCGUUAAACUUAAUGGAUGGUCAUGGUCAACCUGCACUUCUUUACAUCGUUCCAUUUACCCUCGGGACCUUUUUGAUGCUCGGAAGAAAACGAGGUGACCUGAAAAUUCUUUGGACAAAGGGUGAACCAGAAAGGGUGUGUCCUCAUGUUCGCCUCGAAUCAAUGGAAGAAUAAGGCAAUCUUCCUCCUGAGGUUACGGGUUCAAUCUGUGGAAACAACCUUUUGCACAAAUGCAAGGUAAGACUGUGCACAAUAGACUUUCGUGGUCCGGUUCUUCUUGGACCUCGUGCAUAGCGGAAGCUUUAGUGCACCGGGCUGGUUUGACCAUCUGUUAUCCGAGGCGCACUGGCUGGACUAACUAGGAUUCUGGUUAUGUAGGCCCAUUGGGGGAUGUUUUUAUGUGUUCUCAGACAAGAAAUUUUUUAUUCUCAAGGAAGUUUCGAAUUCGAGAUCUCAA